GUAAAAUCGUUGAGUCGACCGUCUGUAAAACAGCGUUACAGAUUCACCAUGGCGUCAGGAUUUACAAUAUUAUUAUUGGCAACUGUAGCAAUUCUUCCAGAGGUGAAGAGCAUGGACUGGAAAGUACCGGUUGCCCCGGGAGAGGUUCCUUUUAUUGCAGUUAUUGAACCUCGUUUUGGGGUGCCUAAUAUUGGGGCCCUGAUUACUCCGAAUACUAUUUUAGGACCUCACAGACAUUUGUACAGCACCAAAAAUGAAUUCUGCGACGUCAAAUUGGGAUGCACAUCACUAGAGGAUUGCGCCAUUGAAGUAAUCCGAACUUAUGUGUUUUAUGCCGACACAAUCCAUAGUCUUAUGAAGAUUAAGCUGCCGGGAGAGAUCGUGAGUAGUGACUUGAUUAGCCCAAUAGCAAUAAGUCCUUCGAUAGAUUAUUCUUACCCAAUAUGUACGUACGUGGGAUUGGACGAGACGUCUGGCGUGAUAUACACGACGCCUGUCGCGAUUUUCGAUCCACAAUCGUGUCGAGAUAGAAUAGUAACAAAAAAUGUUCCUAGGGGGCAGGCUUGUUUCGACGAUAUUACGUCGACUACAAGUCACCCCGGUACAACUGUUGGCGGGUCAAUAGUUUGCAAUAAAGCUCUGGUCGGAAUGAUGACCAUACGUCGUCCGCUUGGUUCUAAACCGGGUCCGCAUUUAAUGUGUGAUUUAACUAACCUCAACAAGCGCCCUUGAAAGACAAACCAACAACCACAUUAUAUCUUUUGAUGAUUGCAUCACAUGCUUGUAUUGUAAAAAUUUAUGAAUAUGGAUGAAGUUCUUAUGUCGCAUUGAGAAAAAUGGUGACUGCAGAAUUUACUACGACGGUGUCAUAAAAAAUGCCACGAGUCCAGUCGAAAUUGCGAUAUAUUUGGGGAAGUUUAUGAUUUUUACUGAACUCAUCGUGUUUUUUUCGAGCACCUUCUGAUUCCACUUCGCUAUACUUUUGUUUGCAGCUAGAAUUUAUCUUUUCUGUAUUCUCGGAAGAUUUGUUUAUUUAUUAAUUUGAGUAAAACCUUAAUGGUAUCAUCGGGUGCUCUCCCAACUGAACUAUCCGACUCCUAGCCAUUUCUUCAUUUCACUUUUCUUGUGUAUAUCGAGCACCGCCGUCCCUCAUCGAUAUUCGAAGAAAGACGAAGGAUUUGCUGGGAACUUCACAAAAAAUCACGAAACCACAAAAAAGCCAGAGAAACAACACAGCUAAACUCGUGUUAGCUAGACCCGUGUCCAGAGGGAGGAAAAUGAACUACGAAAAAGGAA